UUCUGAUCUGUGCUGUAUUUUGGUUUAUUAUUGAUAAAUUUUUAUAUUUAAUUUUAUUGGUAAACAUAAUUAAAAAAAUAAAAUAUAAAUAUCACAAUAAAAUAGAUUUAACUAUGUGGCGUAAUCACAGAUGAGUUAUUUCGCUUUAGUAUUUUUCAAUUAGGUAUAAUUUUGUUUUUGAAGGAGAAAAACUGAUAUCUAAUCAUGUUGGAAGUUAUAAAUGGAUUCCUAAUGAUUUACUUCAUUAUUCUUUGCUCUAUAAGUGCUCUGGUACCCCAUCUAGUAAAACCAAUUAUAGUUUGCUUCAUCAGACCAUCAAAUGAAGAACGCACAGCAUGGACUGAAAUACAGAAGCUUAAAUCAAUGCAGAAAACUAUAUCAAUGAAAGAAGAGUUUGCAGCAUAUUCCAAAAUUCAACGUAGAAUAAACAAAUUGGAAACACAACUGAAAGAUGAUUCACAAUCACGAAUGAGCAAAAGUUUUGCUAUUAAAAGUUCUGUACAGAUUGUUUUUCAAGUUGUUGUUGCACUACUCAUGAUUGUAUCAGUUAUUUGGUUCCGACAAGAGCCCAUUGUAGCCUUAAAAGGUGACUUGUUCCCAUUGACCACUUUUCUUAGAUAUCCGAGUAGCAUGCCCAAUGCUAUUUCCACACAUAUGUGGGUAAUAAUAUCAAACUUUUCUAUAAGGACCUUGUUGAAACCUGUACUUUCUUAAUUUAUUUUAAUUCUAUUAACUAAUAGGAGAAGAAAGUAAACAAUUGACUCAUUUUGACCAUUUAUUGAUAAACAAAAUUGAUAGUAUUUUAUACUCAGUCUACAUCUGACCUUAAAAAUAUUUUAACAAUUUAUAUAUCUGUAGAGCUAUAUUUUGUUAUCCAUAAUUUGUAAUAAUCAAUUUUUGUCUUCAUACAACAACAGUAACAAUUCCAAUGGCAAUUUGUUGCAUUUUCUAUUGAACAACAUUAAUAAUUAUAAAAUCAUCGACUGAAUAUAAAAAGCAAGAAAAAUAAUACUUUAACUAAAUUGUGUGUAACGACAUUAAAGAGUUAUAUAAAUGUGUUUAUGUGUUUUAACAUUAUCAUCAUCACACUAAUAUUUACAAGUACUAUAUCACAGCUUCCAACUUUCUACAUGUGCUAAAGGACUGGAAUUAUAAACAUGAUUAAAGAAUAGCAACUGAGCAACACUUCACAUUGUGUGCACAUUAAACAAUUAAUAUAAUUAUGGCCACAAAGUACUCACACAAAUAUAGGAAUAAAAUGAAUUCCAUGUAACAACAUAGUUUCAAUAUGAAUAGACAAAAGAUUUUAAACAAUUAAAAUAAUGUAACUUAAACCGUGUAGGAGUAGUUCAGUAAAUCGAUUUUUGCUUGUCAAUGUUUUGUUAGGAGUGACAUUACUUUAUUCUAAUACUAGCAGUAUCUGCAAUUUCAUCCACAUGUACAUUUGUAGACACCAUCUAAUAUUAUAUUAAUAAACAAAUUAACAGUUGUAGACGGUGUAUUUAAAUUACCCCUUUGGAAAUUGCGACAUUUUUAUAAGAAUAUAUAACCUGUGAAUGUGAAAGUUCAUUCUAAUUCUUCCAACCAUUUUAACAAAAACACAAUUUUCGUUUAGUUACAAUUUUUUUGGUAAUAUAAUCUUGUAAACAUGUAGUAAUAUAAUGCCACUUGAUAGAGAUGCAAAUACAAUAACGACUCCUAAUAUUUAUAAUAUAUUCAAAUGAGACUAGAACUAUGACUACAAAUGACUACUAGAUGUGGCUAUUAGGCGGAUUAUUAGGAAAAAAUAGUCCAAAUAACCAUGUAUUAUAUUUUGUGUAAUUAAAAUGAAGGCAUUUGUCUCAAGUUUCAAUUUGGUAUUUCAAUUGCAAGUUUAACAAUAUAAAUUUUAUAUUCCUAUAUGCCUAUUUCUAAAUUCUCAACUGUGCGCUAAAAACAAACUGUUUUUAUUAUACUAUUUUUACAGCUUUUUGUAGUUAAUAUUCGUGAUAUCAAUGCUAUUAAGAAUUUGUGUACUGUAGGCCACUUUGAUGAACUCAUACAAUGAAAGUAAUAGAUACAGUCAUGCCAUAAUUAUGUCACCUCGCCAACAAGUCUAUAUUUAUUUAUGCAACACAUUGAUAUUAAAAAAAUUAAAGCCAUACCAAUGACAAUAACAAAAGCAAUCCAAUGUACAUAUGUAAUUAAAAAUGUUAACCUAAGUACACUAUCCACGUCAAUAUAGUUUCGUAAAAAUGUGUAUUUUGCUGUUUCUAUUGUAUGUAUAAUUAUUAAGUACUGUUUUCAGCCUAACAUACCAUAACGUGCAUCUAAAUUCUGUUAACCACUGUAAAUAUUUCGAGAUGUCUACAUUACCUGAAGACCAUAAAACUAUAACAAACAUAUUUUAAUAUAAAAUCAGUCACAUAAUGUGGCACAACGUUUUCUAAUCAAGCGAAAAAAUCGACGCUAUGUUCAAUUUAAACAGUGACAAUAUUGGAAGGCCAAAAAUCACGUCACCAUCACAUCUCUGAUAGGAAGGCUUGGUUUUUAAC